GCAGAUCUCACAAAAAUGGUUAGGUAAUAAGCAAUAAGACCUAAACCCAGAUAGCGGUUUCAUGGAGCUGCUGAGACCAACACAAUUAUUUUAGAUCUACAAAGGCUUCAGGGGAUCGAUUUAGUCGCUGUUAGCUACUGUAAUUUGCAACGAGCAGAGGUAGCUAGCUAAACAGUGAAGAAGAUGGCGACGCUAAACAGUAUUAAGAACAUGUAUGGGAUCUGUUCUCAUGUCAUCCGCCAAACGACUGGAUUGAGAGCAGCAAAACUCAUUCAGCAGAGGGCGUUCAGAGUCAAUGGAGCCCUCAGGCAGCAGCCGUUUGACUCCUCGGAAGAGAAGCCCCAGUUCCCAGGAGCAUCGGCAGAGUUUAUUGAUCACCUGGAGUUCAUCCAACCUAACGUGAUCUCUGGGAUCCCCGUCUACAGGGUCAUGGACCGGGCCGGGAAAAUCAUUAACCCUUCAGAGGACCCACAGCUCUCCAAGGAACAAGUGUUGAACUUCUACCAGAAGAUGACCCUUCUGAACACCAUGGACCGUAUCCUGUAUGAGUCUCAGAGACAGGGUCGUAUAUCCUUCUACAUGACUAACUAUGGAGAGGAGGGGACACACAUCGGCAGCGCUGCAGCUCUCGACCCAAGGGACUUGGUCUUCGGCCAGUACAGGGAAGCAGGUGUGCUGAUGUACCGUGGUUUCCCUCUGGAUCUGUUUAUGGCUCAGUGCUAUGCCAACGUUGACGACCUGGGCAAGGGACGCCAGAUGCCCGUUCACUACGGAAGCAAAGACCUCAAUUUCGUCACCAUCUCCUCUCCUCUGGCCACUCAGAUCCCACAAGCGGCAGGGGCAGCGUACGCAGCGAAGAGAGAGAACACCAACCGUGCUGUGAUCUGUUACUUCGGAGAGGGCGCGGCCAGCGAGGGCGACGCCCACGCCGGGUUCAACUUCUCUGCGACCCUGGAGUGCCCGCUCAUCUUCUUCUGCCGUAACAACGGCUACGCCAUCUCCACACCGACCAACGAGCAGUACCGAGGGGACGGCAUCGGUAAGACGGGCAGCACGUUGUUCUGUUUGGGUUCCCGUCAGCUGGCGUUUAACUUGAACAACAGAUCUGUGUGUGUUCGUUGUGAACCAAGGAUCCUGUGUAGGGCUGUGGCCGAGAACCAGCCCUUCCUCAUCGAGGCCAUGACCCACAGGAUUGGUCACCACAGCACCAGCGACGACAGCUCGGCCUACCGCUCCGUAGAUGAGGUGAACUACUGGGACAAACAGGACCACCCCAUCUCUCGGCUGCGCCACUACAUGACGGCCCGCUCCUGGUGGUCCGAGGAGGACGAGAGGAGCUGGAGGAAACAGAGCCGUAAGAUGGUGAUGGAGGCGUUUGAGAAGGCCGAGAAGAGACACAAGCCCCACCCUGACUUGAUGUUCUCUGACGUGUAUGAAGAGAUGACCCCUAACCUGGUCAAGCAGAAGGAGGCCAUGUGGAGGCACGUCCAGCAGUAUAAAGAGCAUUAUCCCCUGGAUGCCUACGCCAAGUAAACACUACCACAGGAGUACACUACAAAAAGCAGGAUCAAUGAGUUAGCCGGCUAACUUUUGAUAAGCAACCAGAAAAAGAAACGUUUUAUUUGUUGAAUCAGUUAGACCAUGCCCAAGUUUAUCUGUCUAAAAAAAUAUAAUAUUUAGGCUAGUUAGCUGGCUAACUCGUUGGUCCUGCUGAUAGUAUAUCCUUCAGGUUCUGACAGCGUACCACAUGGCACCCUACUCUAGAUGGCAUCCUACUCUAGAUGGCACCCUACUCUAGAUGGCACCCUAUUCUAGAUGGCAUCCUAGUCUAGAUGGCUCCCUAUUCCCUACUCUAGAUGGCGCCCUACUCUAGAUGGCACUCUACUCUAGAUGGCAUCCUACUCUAGAUGGCAUCCUACUCUAGAUGGCUCCCUAUUCCCUACUCUAGAUGGCAUCCUACUCUAGAUGGCUCCCUAUUCCCUACUCUAGAUGGAACCCUCUAGAUGGCACCCUAUUCUAGAUGGCAUCCUAUUCCCUACUCUAGACAGAAGUAGUGCACUAUAUAUGGAAUAGGGUGCCAUUUGGUAAACACUGUACAGCGUUGCAGGUAGAAAUGUCACAAAUAGAACUGACAUGAUUCCUUUUGCUUCCUUGUCAGAGAGGCAUGUUUGUUCUAUAUAAAAUAUUUCUAUCUGAACGUUCCACAACAUUGUGUCAUGUUGAAUGUGGCCUAGGCUGGAGCAGGGUGUGGAGGCGAGGAGAGGCUGCUGGGUUAGAUGGGACUGUUGUUGCACACUUUGUAUUCUACUGUUCUGCAUAGAGUUAUAGUUCUGGUAUUCUGACCAGGCUAGAAUUCUUUUCUGGUAUUCUGACCAGGCUAGAAUUCUUAGCUUUCUGCCCAGUAGUGGGAGGGAGUGUCUAAUGUUAAGGAUGGUUUUGUUCUAAUUGACCACUUUGGGCCUCUAGUUUUUUUUGUGUGCUUUGAAUGAAUGAGAGUCUGACCCAGUCAGUCCUGUGUUGUUGUUGUUGUUGUUAACCCCUCCUCGGCGACACCCAGCUUUUAUCAGUCUAUUCAAAGGAUUUCAGAGCUAACACACGAUUAUCAGACGCCGUGAGCUAAUUCAGGGUAAAAACAUCUGUGAGUUCCAGGGGAGAGGUUUGAGUUAGUCGGUUGAUUCUAGUAGGCAGACCGUAUUUAAAAAAAAAAAAACACCUGUGUUAAAACAGGAUUUUCCUGCUGGCUCAACAAA